AUGGCUGAUCCCGAGAUUCCAACGAAAUUGGACGAAAAGUCGAAAGAGGCUCUUUGUGAAUAUUUGAGUACACCGCAAGAGAAGAAGACUGUGUUGGAAACUAUUUACUUUGACAUUGCCGCGGGCCUUCGCGAGGACGAGACAAUGGAAUAUCGAAUGGCUGUCGUCAACUUUCCAGAGCGAAAAUUCAAACUGAUUCGACACGGCAAGACUCGAGAAGAGUUUCCUUUCACUAUACUUAACACAGUUAAUUAUUGCCACUCCCCAACACAGUUCAAAAUGAAAAUCACACUGUGUGACCACCCUUCUAUUGUCUUGUUAACACAGAACGAAAGCGACUACAACGCCCUUUUUGAGAUACUUAGAAAGAUCACUACUGAUAAUAAUGUUGUACUCUACAAAGAAGACUUCCUUCAAGACUAUUGCCACUUGAUUAAGAUGGUUUCGUGCAAAAAACACGGGAAGACGUUUUGGGCACGGCGGUCUUUGAACAUCUACAACGGAGCCAUUGUGUUGUAUGCGGUGAAUGGAGAGAUCCCCCUCACAGUGCUUCCGCUCAGUCAAAAUGUUGAGAUCACAAAACAUCAGAAGUUAAUGUUGAUCUUCAUGUGCGUUAUUCGACGAGUAUAUUUACGAUUUGAUACAGAAGAGGAGUGCGACGAAGUCGAGAGUUUGUGUAAAAAGUGCCAACAGUAUUACCACAAGCCUCAUGUGAUGGUUGUGAGAGAUUUCUUUUCUGGGAAACUUGAGGACUUGACACCGACGUGCAGAGAGUUGUGUAACAAAAACAAUUUGUAUCCAGAAGAGUGUGAAGCUAAUUUUAGUGUGUUGUGCGAGAUACUUCGGUCACAGACAAAGAAGAGGUACGCCACAAUGACUGAGAAGAGGCAGUUGCAAUACAAAUUGGAGAAAGCAGAGCCGAAAGAACCCACCGAGAAACCUAAAAAAGAGGUCGCACCACCCGAGGACGACUUAAUGUUGUACUGCACUAAAGAUGACCCGAAUAAGUAUUUCACGAAUUUUGUGUCGAUUGGAAAAGGUGGGUUUGGUGAAGUGUUUUGUGUGCAACGUGUGGAAGACGGGAAGCCAGUCGCAUUGAAAAUGCUGAGACACUCUGUUGAUGAGAGGAGUUCGAAAAUUGGAGCGGAAGUAGCGCGACUUCACAACUGGAAGCACCCGAACAUUGUUGGGUUUGAGGGGUGUUGGUUGUAUCGCAAUCAAGUCUUCAUUGGGAUGGAAUAUUGCUCUCUGGGAACACUUAAGUCACUUCUGAAGAAUCGGAUGAGGCCUUUCCACGAAACGGAUACUGCGUAUUUAUUGCAAGAGACUUUGAAAGCGCUGAAAUACAUCCACGAACAGGGCUUUGUCCACAGAGACGUGAAGACAGCGAACAUCAUGUUGAAACAAAACUUUGAGAUUAAGGUGAUCGACUUUGGGUUGGUUGUUAGAAUCAGUUCAAAACCAUCGAACCGAGCCGGUUCGAAGGCUUACAUGGCGCCCGAGGUUAUCAAACAAAUACCAUAUAACGAAAAGGUUGAUAUUUGGAGUAUUGGGUGUGUAGCACAAGAGUUGUUUGAAGGAAACCCGCCUUACAGAGAGUUGGGGAUGUUGAAGGGGUUGUUCAAAGUAGCCACCGUUGGUGCGCCAGGGCUGAGGUUCCCAUCGAAAACACUUCCGGAACUGGUCGACUUUGUUAACAAGUGCUUCAUCUAUGACCCCGAGAAACGGUGGUCUGCGAAACAACUCUUGGAACACCCACUCAUGAAACAAGUUGAUUUUUCUAUCAUCAAGCAGAGAGGAAGCAAAGUAGGAGGGGUGUAA